AUGAACUGCAGCAUCUGCCACCGGCCACACAGCGCCUCCAAGCGACCCUUCCUCUGUGCCGUCGACGCCCGCAACUGCGUCUACGAAGCUAGGAUCGAGUAUGUCAAGGCCCUGAUGGAGAGCGAGGCCGCCGAGCGCCAGGUCGAUGCCGUCGCCACCACUCCCACUUCUGAGAAGAAGCGAGACAGACAGACCAAAGAAGAAGAAAUCAUGGCCUCCCGCGCCCGUCUCGACCACCUCCGCUCCAUGGAAUCCGCCUCGCGCGACCGCACCGCCCAAAUCAUCUCCCAAGCCGACAGACUCCAGGCCGAGGUCGAGAGCGCGCGCGCCGCCAUCGCAGAGAAGAAUGCACGGCUGGCACGGCGCAGGACAGAACUCGCCUCGGUGUCGGCUGGGACCGGGCCGCGCCGGACAAGACAGUUGGGGGAAGCGGAGAUGGGACUGCAGAGGCUGAGGUAUAAGUGGAAUCGGUGUGCGGAUAGCGUGGCGGAGACGAGGGGGUUUCUGUGUGAGGGGGCUGCAAGGUUGUAUGGGUUGAGGCAGGUGCGCAAGGGAGCUGGGGGAGGCAGUGGUGGAGGGAGCGGUGGUGGUGGCAAGCGGUAUGAGAUUGGGGGCGUGGAGAUUUUUGAUCUGCAUGCCAUGAAUAGCCUCUCGCCCGAAGUAAUAUCAACCGCACUCUCCCACAUAGCCCAUCUCUUGAGCCUCGCAGCGCGCUAUCUAGGCAUCCGCCUACCCGCUGAGAUCACACCGCCACAUGCCGACUACCCACGGCCGACCAUUUUCUCUUUGACAUGGUCAUACCGACAUGGCGAAGUAGCUUUCCCAGGUUCGCUAGCCUCCCAAAUUCCAACGAUUAUCGAGGACGGCGAGACAGGACGAGACAGAACCAGAAAGUCAGACAAGCCAGGUAGACAAGCACACGAACACACCCCACGACCUCGUCCAUUGUUUCUGGACAAACCGCUGCCCACGCUGGCGAAGGAGGAUCCAGCGGGGUACAAGCUGUUUCUAGAGGGGGUGUCGCUGCUGGCAUACGACGUAGCGUGGGCGUGCUGCUCGCAAGGUGUGUCAGUCGGCGGAUCCGGAACCGGUGCAGGCGACAAAGACUCGUAUGAAGACGUCUGCAACAUCGGCCAGAACCUGUGGCGGCUGCUGAUCGGCGACCAACUGCACCGGCGCUCUGUCGAGCCGACUUUCCGCGCGUCGCUCACCCCAAGUGGUGGAAGUCCUAAAGAGAGCGGGACCAUGACUUCAAACACACCCAAACCCACGAUCGGUCGCUGGUCGCACGGAACACUGCAUAGUUUUUUAAGCAGUGCCGAAGGGACUGAUUUUGUGCGGAGCUUUCCGAUCUUGCCACCUCUGAAACUCGCGGACCGGUUGAAGAAACGGUUGUUGAGCGAGACGCCUCUGUUGGAGUGGGAGACGAUUGAGGGCGAUGAGGUGGAUGAGGGGUAUGGGGUCUUGAAUGGAGGUGGAGGUGGAGCUGGGGCGAACAGCGGCGGUGCUAGCGGCGGCGGAAAUGGCGGCAAGGGAACGAGUGGUUGGACAAGGCUGAAGAGCCGGUAG